GAAGAGCUCGGCCGGGACAAAAGGCGCGGCGAGGAACCGAGAGGAGCGGAGAGGAAGGGAGGGGAGGGGGCUCGGGCGGGGGAGGGUGGUCGGUGAUGUCACCGGCGCUGACAGGCUGGGCUGGCCCAGAAACGCCUCCGCCCACGGAACCCUAUCCGACCCGGCCCGACCCUCCCCCCAGCUCAGGCUCUGGCUGCCCGCUGUUAGAGGGUCGCAGACAUCGAGCACUUUGCAGACCCCAGUCCCCGCACCACCACGGCAGAAGAAACGAUGGGCCUUCAGUGUCCCAGCUCUCCCCAAUCUCUCUCACCGCCCCCCCCCCCCGACACCAGGACCACUGGCUUCGCGACGCCCCCGCUCCCGGGACCCCUGAGUCCUGGCUCGGUGCCCUCACCAGUGAGGAGCUGCGGGCGCCACCGCGGUCCGUCAGACAGCCGCUGCCCCCUCCCCUGGCUCCGGCUCCGCCGCCUCCACUCUGGACAGGAGUCGCCUGCCCGCCGGCCGCAGACAGCGGGCCGGGGAACCCGCCCCCACGGCUCCGCCUCCGCGCCUCCCAUUGCGCGGUCUGCCCAUCACUCAACUCAGCUUCCCUUGUAAUUGGACAGCCUUCAGCGAGUGCCUUGGAGAUAGCCGCCCAUUCUCCGCCCCUGUCACCCGGCCACACGCGCACACAUUCCAGGCAGUGAUUGGUGUCGGUCUGAUUGGUGCGCUCUGGGAUCAGUCAACCACACCUCUUCGCUAGCUCGUCGUGUCAUUGGUGAAAGGGACAGAGGGCGGCAACUCCACGCGCCCUUUGAUUUUAUUGGUUGGUCUGUGGGGCUCAGACCCGAGACUGGGGGCAACUAUAUUAGUCCAAUCUCGGGUUUGAGAAGGUGGGACGUACUGGCCACCGCUCAAAUCCCGGGAGAACCUUCUGGAACCUGUGUAAUGUCAAAGGCAGCCUUAAAGGAAAACUGCUUACCAGUUGGCGAAACAGUUCGGAUACCCAUGAGUUCACACAAUCUGGAUGGAGCUGGAAACUGAGGCUUGGAGAACACCAGUACCAGAGCAGAGCAGGAGAGAGAUCUAAGGGGUCCUGAGGUCAGGUCUGCAUAGUCUCCAUUAUCUGCCUUCCUUCUAGUACUCACCAUGGCGGUCCCAGGUGUAAAGGGGUGUGAGCUGUGAAGUAA